AGGAACUCUCUAGAAACCUCUGUAUAUGUUGUAAUCCUAGUGACGAAAGAGAGAGUAAUCUAGAAUAAAAUCUUCUUUGUGUGAAGAAAUUUUAAUUUCCAGGAGAUUUGAGAAAUGGUAAAAGAGACUGGUUAUUAUGACAUACUUGGUGUCAAGCCAACUGCCCAACCAGAUGAAAUCAAGAAGGCUUACAGGAAACUGGCAUUGAAAUAUCAUCCAGAUAAAAAUCCAGAUGAACCGGAAAAGUUCAAGUUGAUCAGCCAGGCCUAUGAAGUUUUAUCUGAUCCAAAGAAACGUGAUAUUUAUGACGAAGGCGGGGAGGAGGCCAUUAAAGGGGGAGGAAGUGGGGGUGACUUCCACAACCCCUUUGACAUUUUUGAUAUGUUCUUUGGUGGUGGGGGAGGAAGAAGAGGUCAAAGGGGGCCAUCAAAGGGGAAGAAUGUUGUUCAUCAACUCCAGGUCAGUUUAGAGGACCUGUACAAUGGAGCCACCCGGAAACUGGCCCUAUCCAAAAAUGUCAUCUGUGAUAAAUGUGAAGGUCGUGGUGGUAAAGAGGGUGCUGUACAGAAGUGCACAAACUGCAAAGGAACCGGAAUGCAGAUCAAGAUUCACCAGUUAGGACCGGGAAUGGUUCAACAGAUCCAGACGGUCUGCAAUGAGUGUUCCGGUAAAGGAGAAAAUAUCAAUCCUAAACACCGGUGUAAAACCUGUCUCGGAAAAAAGGUCAACAGAGAGAGGAAGAUUCUAGAGGUUCAUAUUGAUAAAGGUAUGAAAGACGGUGAGAAUAUUCGGUUUGCCGGAGAAGGGGACCAAGAGCCAGGAUUAGAGCCGGGUGACAUCAUCAUUGUUCUGGACGAGAAACCGCACGACGUCUUCCAGCGGCGGGGACAAGACCUGGUGAUGACCAUGGAGCUUGAAUUGGUGGAGGCACUGUGUGGCUUCCAUAGGACAAUCACAACACUGGACAAAAGAACCCUUGUCAUUUCCACUAUACCUGGUGAAGUUGUGAAAACCAGUGAUCUCAAGUGUGUAAUGAAUGAAGGAAUGCCCAUGUACAAAAACCCAUUCGAAAAGGGACGACUGAUUAUUAAAUUUGAAGUGAAAUUUCCCAAAAACAUGAAAAUUGAAAAAAUUCCAGAGUUGGAAAAAAUAUUGCCACCGCGUAAAGAACCCAUAAUUCCAGAUGGUGCCGAGGAACAUGAUUUGACGGAGUUUAAUCCCGAGGAAUAUGAACAUCAGCGUCGACGAGAGGCUUACGAGGAUGAUGACGAUGAUGACAUGCACGGGGGUCAAAGAGUUCAAUGUGCAUCUCAUUAAUGAUGAAAAAUGGGGAGGGUGGGAGUGAUGUUUGAUUAUUUUAAAGGAAUUCAAAAAAUUACUGUAUAAAGAUGUAAAAAUGUGUGUUGUGUGUGAAUGUUAAAUUGUUUAAAUCUUUUUGAAAAUGUGAUGAAAUUUCUUUUUCAUUACAUGAUUUGUUGAUUUUAAGACCUUAAAUUCAUCUCUUUUUUUUGUGUCUGCUCUUUCUUUUUAUUUCAGCAGUAGGAUAUUGUGUCAGUUUUGAUCUGCCUUUGAAGCACAUGUAGAUAAAAUCAUUUUUUAUUUAAAUUCUUUAUUUAAAUUAUGGAUUCUGCACAAUGUACAUGUCUAUGUGGUAAUGGCAUUUGAGAAUGAAACUGUGUUUUAUUUCAAGGUAGUAUGAACUAUAGAAUGGUAAAGCUAAAACUUAAAGCAACUUUUGUGCAUGUUAGAUGUGGAUACCAACUUAAUGAUCUUUUUCACAAAUUGUUAACUAAAAUUUGAAAUUUGAAACCCAAUACAUACAUGUAUGUUUGUGAAACUUUCUGUAUGUCAUGUACAAUUUUUUCAAUAAUUGAAUUUAUCGUUUAAUAUAAUAAUAAGGAUGUUUUUUUAAAGUAUUUUGUCAAAAUGACAUAUUGUUUUCGUUUUUGUUGAAAAUAAUUAGUUCAAUCAGUCUCUAAUUCCUUAGACUAGUCUCUGAUUAAGUGUUAUGUAUAGGAUUUCAAUUUAUCUAUCUGAAAUUUGCCCAUUGAGGAUGACUAAAGGCAAAAUCAAGGAGGGAACAGAUUUUUUCAGGAACUUUUGAUUUCACCAUUCAGUAGUUUCUUUAGGAACAUACAUUGUUUUUCAUUUAAUUAAAAAAAAAAGAAAGCUAUCUUGAUAGAUUUUGAAUAAAAAAAGUUUUUAUGUUGUACAUGUACAAGGUAGGAUUGAAGGAAGAUUCUUUUAUAUUUCCAACAUAAAAAAAAUUAAAACAGAAACAUAAAUUUUCUUUACAAUACGUAUGAAUUUUACUUUAAUUUUAAUUCUGUGCAUCAAAUUUGGUGGAUUUAGAUUCUUGUUUUAAAAAAAAAUCUGUCAUUCUCGUAAAUUUUGGUUCAAAUAUGCAGGUAUCAGUGCACUGACAUAAUAAAAAGUGGACCUUGUUGCCAUGUGCAGAUCUUUGUUUAAUUUUUUGACAAUAUAUGUAAUUCUGUGAAUUAGAAGAUGAGAUAUGUUGAGUAAGAUACCUGUUUAAAUGUACAUGUAACUGUGGCAAAGAAAAACUUGGUUAUAAUUGUAAAAAUAGACCAAUGCAUUUCAUCAUAACUGCUGUAUGAAUAUACUUAAAAUGUUUCAGAAAUUGUUAUACAUGGAGAAUGUACACGAAGGGAGAUUAAAUUGGAUCGAGCAAAUAUGAAAAAAAAGAGAUGUUAUUCAAGAUGCAUUUAAAAGAAAACUAUAUUAGGUCCAUCUGUGAUACAUACAUUUAAAGAUCUUGCAGCAGUUAGUAUAAGGUAUGUUGAAGGGAAUUUGAAGAGUUUGUUUUAUACCAUUUAUUGUGAAAAUGAAAGCUUUCUAGAAAUAUGUUGAAAGCAAAAAUGUGAAGAAUAAAUAAUAUAUUGAA